AUGGACCGCGACGUGGAAUAUUCUCAAAGCAAGAACUUUGCUAAUGUUUUUAAGACCCCUGGCGUUUCUCACCUCAUACUUUCCUCGCUGCGCACUGUCACAGAGGAAAGUGAGGGACGUCUCACUCAUGUUCCCCACUUCGAUAGCAAGGCCCGAGUGGAGCAGUAUAUUCGUGACUUAGGCAUUGAUUGCAGCUAUAUCCUUCCUGGACGGGCCGAGGACGGCUCUUUCCAAUUCUUUUUUCCUGUCGGAAAACAGGCUAAGCUUUCUCUCUUUGAUGCCGCCCAGUAUACGGGCCACAUGGCCCAAUUUUUCGUGCUUUCAAACAAAGACUGA